UUUCCUGGUAUCUAGAGAUGGGUUACCAGAAGAAGAACAGGCGUGAGGCCCCAGCAGCAGCAGCGGCAGCAAAAAAUGAAUUGGGAGAAGAAGAAGAAGAAUUUUGGGCACUUUCAGACAAACCAAAUUUCAGCAUGCUGCUUACCAAAACCCAUGUCAGGCCCUUGUGCAGAUUGUUCGUUCCAACAAAUAUGCACCGAGUCCUGCCUUCCAUUGCUGUCCCUGUGAUUCUAACAUACCGCGGCAACAACUGGGAGAUGAUCUACUUCGGAGAUCAUAUCUCAAAAAGAUUCGACACCAGAUGGGCCAGGUUUGUGAAAGAUAAUAAUCUGAGGAUUGGAGAUGCAUGUGUAUUUGAAGUCACGGAGUGCAGCAACACAUUAGUUAGGUUUCGAGUUCAAAUUCUUAGAGGUGACUUCCCACCCGAAUUGCUGGCGAGAGUCCACAAUGGUCAGACUUCAGAUGCUGCUAUUGUCAUUGAGUGAGUCGGAUUAUAGGAUCACCCAUAUGUUUUGUUCUGUUCUGUUUUGCAGAUUUAUGGGUUAAUUUUUAGUUGAACAUUUUAGGAUGGAACUUGAUAUCAUAUAAGUCUAGAUGUUAUGUUUUUUUUAAAAAUAUUAUUAAGGGAGAUUUGAAAUAUAACCAUGAAUUUUCAUAUUUUUGUUA